UACUUGGUCCAUAUGGCAGUCUGAGUCACAUCCAAGAGUGACAUAGGUCCAUCAUCACAAUGGUCUGACCUAGCUUAUCCACCUCACUACCUGGGCACCUUUCUUUGGUGCUGCUGUUGCCAUGACCAGCACCAUUGGGAAGACAAGAGUAAAGAUGGUGUACUAACCCCUGCCAACUCCUUUUCUAACUAUGGUUCUGCUAGGAGAGAAGAUUCCCAAUAGCUGCCUUUCCAUCAGUGAGUCCUACCAGAAUGUCCUAGCUACCAUCCUACUCUUCUUGGGGCUCCUUGCCUUACUGGAUAAUGCCAUCAAAAUUGCCCGCCUGAUCUGGAUUUACCUGUGUCAGUUUCUGAAGAGACUCUUCCAUUAUUUCACCACCAAAGCAUACAGAUGGAUCAAGGCUCUAACAGCCAUUUCCCGCAGCAAGAAUUCCAGUGGCCGGAAGGAACUGGUGCUGACCAAAGGCCAGAGAAAUAUCUCCAUGUUGCACUUCCACUGCACUCUGGAUCCUCUGAGGCUAACUGUGAACAUGAACAACCUAAAUGGGCUGAAAAGCCACUGUCCCCAGGGUCACAGGAAGGACAAAGGUUACCAUGGUUCCGGGCCAACCCAUCAAGACACUGAUGAUGAGAAAGCCAGUUGGUAUGGGCACCAGCAGCAACACCGCCAGGUGAACAACCGGCCUAACCCAGGUCAACGUUACCGUGACUGGGCAAGCCAGUCCAGCUCCCGUCACUCAGACAGUGACAGUCCUCAGCUAGUGUGCCCGGCUGGAUCCACUGUGUCAUCAGUGCGUUUUCACACCAGCUCCCCAGAGCAGGUUGCCAAGGCCAGAGGCAGCUUGGCUGACUGGGGCAUUUACAUACACAACCCAAAGGGGGUCACUAGGGAUAAAGAGCUCAGCUUGGACAGUGCAGAAGAAACUACACGACGGCAGAGUUUCCUGCAUCAAUCUGCUGUUCCAAACACAGAGGAACCCAUCAGCCUCCGUUCAGAGUGCUCUCCUGUGCACAUUCACCCCCAAGUCAAUGAGGCACACUUCAUGCCCAGCCCAAUCUUCCCAGGCCCUAAGCGGGUACUGUACUCUGCCCUGGCUCCCACCCCAGAGUCCAGAACCUGUCUCAACAAUGAUUACCACCACUCAGUGACCCAGGCAUAUCAUCAGAGGAGUCCUGAGCACCAUUCUGGGACUGAAUUUCACCACAGCUUGCCACUGGUCCAGCGAGCCGAAGUCUACAUUUAUCUUGUCAACCCACUGCCUCUCGGCCCAGAGCACACAGCUGAACAGUCCACCUGCCCCUUUUCGGCAUCUCGCACCAUCUUUGUCAAGGACACAUUGGCAAACCGGGUAUCUGUUGGCCACACCUGGGAAAGUUCCAACCAAGGCCCAACGGGGCAGAUUAUCUGUGACACUCACACACAACGCAAGAGCAUCUGGGAGAGAAAACACCAAGCUAGCACACUGCAGUUGAGCCCAGAUUAUGAGAAGCUGGCAGGAAGCAGUGAUGGUGCCAGCCUGAUCCACAACCCACCUCUCCUGGCAGACACGACAAGAGGAGGUUCUGAAACAGCACCACCCAAUAUUAGCAAUUGAAGGUACCAUACAACUGGAUUUACCACCCAGCUGACUUCAAUUCCUGAGAUUCUGAUGCCUGGUGAACCCUGGGGGAUCUGAACUAGGUGGGUGGGAAUAGUACAAAUGGCAUUCUCUGCUAUUUUGUGGUGUUCUCAGGACGUGCUGGUUUCAAUAAAUAGCAAAGCACAAAGCUCCUAGUUAUGCAGAUUCUCUGUAGUGACAGCUGCGGGUGUGGGAAGAGCCCAGGUGGCAAGGCUUCUUCAUUCUUCUUCACUUGUACAUUUUGACCCCACUCAGGUUUCUUAGGUAUGCAUUGCAAUUCAGUCUCCGUGGCAGGAAUGCUCAAGUGAGUAUGAGCUCCAUGAUUUCUCCUCUAAACAGGUAUUAAUUUUGGGCACAUAAUUGUCAGUAGGUGUAAUAAAAUGUGUCUCUGGUCUUGGCACAAAUGAGAAACUUCCUGCAGACCAUCUUGGGAUCAAGAACAGAAAUAGCCAUUCUGAUGAAGAUUCCAGUUCUCACCCCCAUCCCAUACCAUCCUGGGAAACUGGUAUAGGCAUGCUCAUUGGGUAUCAGAAUUUGAGAAGCAUGCCUCCCAUGUGCCCUUCCUAUCUAGAGAUGUCACUCCUAUCAGUUCCAAAGUUACCUGCAUUCCACACAAAUUUCAUGUCCCCUUUCCUAUUGAU